AUGAAAAGAAGCAAAGAAAAGCCGUCUAGUACAAGUAAGGGACGUAAAGGGAAGAAGAAAGAAACGCAGCCACCAAAGAGGCCGAGUAUUCUCGAUGUCAUGAAGCAGAAAAGCAACUGUAACUGCGAAGUGGUGGCAAGAGCUGUUAGGUCCAAUGUCCACAUGAACCUUGGUUUAGCAGAGAAGAGACCUAAUCUGGGAAAGGAUAGAAAUCCUGAGUAG